AUGUAUGAAUCGAAUUUUACACUUAGAAAGCAUUGCCCUAUUCUACCCACUAAAAAAUGUAUUUUGCAUCAAAGUCCGUUCCCUAGUAAUUACAAUGUUUUGUUGGAAGCGUUGGAAGAAAUAACUGAAAAAUGUUUAAUUUCAGAAAUAAGAGCUAAAGGCAAAGGUAUUUUACAUCAAAUGAAAACUUUUGAAUUUAUUUUUUGUUUAACUAUGAUGCAACCUAUACUAGAAAUGAUUUUAAAAGUAAGCGCCGUCUUACAAACUGAAAACUUGGAUCUUUUAACAGCCAUGUCUAUUGUAAAAUCAUUAAAAUCCUCUUUGAGUUCUAUGAGAAACUCUCCUCAAGAUGAAGAAUUUCAUAAGGUCUUUAAAAAAGCUGUUACAAUGUGCGAAGAAAAUAAUAUUAUUAUACCAAAAAUUAAGAAUAGAAAAGUUUCAUAUAUUUUGGUGAAUUCUAUGAAUGAAAGGUUUCAACAAGAAACUGUUGAUAUUAUUUGUGCAGUAGCUAAAUUAAUCAACUUAGAGUUUAAUAUUGAGUCUUCAAAUUUAUUCCAAAGGUUUUUUCAUGUAGUUGCAGAAAAUUUAGAAGCAGAGAUUACAAUUUUGAAAAAUAUGAAAGAUACGCCUAGACCUAUAGGAAAUUCAGUGAGUACUAUACAUGAAUGGCUUGAUUGGUUGUCAAUAAAAGGAAGAGCAGAUAUUUUUAAACAGUUUCUACAAGUAUUAAGGAUAUUUGUUGUAAUACCUGUGACCAGCUGUUCAUGUGAAAGAACUUUUUCAAAAUUAAGCAUCAUAAAAAAUAAAUUAAGAAGCACAAUGUCUCAGGAUAGGUUAAAUUCAUUAUUGUUUCUGUUUGUUGAACAAAAAAUGACUGCUAACGUUAAUAUUGAUGAAGUAAUUGACCAGUUUAAAUUAAUGGUACCAAAUGAUAGAAGACUUGUUUUAUAA